AUGCCCGUCACAAACUUUGAGUUCAAGGAGAAGUACCAAUACCGGAAUGGCUUUGAUUCCUAUUUCGAAUCCGAAGCCGUCCCCGGCGCCCUCCCCGUCGGCCACAACUCCCCACAGAAGCCGCCCCUAGGUCUCUACGCCGAAAAGCUGUCGGGCACUGCCUUUACCGCUCCGCGCCACGAGAACAAGCAGUCCUGGCUGUACCGCAUCCUCCCCGCCUGCGCCCACCCACCCUUCGCCGAGGUCUCGGCCCCCAACGAGUCCCUCGGCCGCGGAGGCGCAGAGCACCCGCUCAGAAAGCUGCACCACAUCCCCAACCAGCUGCGCUGGGAUCCUUUCGACCACGAAGAGGACACCGACUUCGUGUCCGGGCUGCACAUGGUCGCGGGCGCGGGGGAUCCCACGCUCAAGCAGGGGUGUGCCAUGUACGUGUAUGCCGCGGGCCGGUCGAUGGACGAGAGGAGCGCCUUUUACUCGGCCGACGGGGACUUGCUGGUCGUGCCGCAGGAGGGCGUGCUGGAUAUCAAGACCGAGAUGGGCUGGUUGCUGGUGCGGCCGAUGGAGAUCUGCGUGAUCCCGCGCGGCGUGCGGUACCAGGUGCGGCUGCCGGCGGGGCCGGCGAGGGGGUACGCGCUGGAGUUGUUCCAGGGCCGGUUCGUGCUGCCUGAGCUGGGGCCGAUCGGGUCGAAUGGGCUGGCGAACGCACGGGAUUUCCAGGCGCCCGUGGCGAGCUUUGAUGAGGAUUGCGGGGAAACGGCGUUUGAUGGGGUGAACGAGUAUGCGGUUACGGGCAAGUUCAAUAAUGUGCUGCAUCGGACGGUGCAGAGGCACACGCCGUUUGAUGUGGUGGCGUGGCACGGGAAUUACUACCCGUACAAGUACGAUCUGGGAAGGUUCAACACCAUAGGCACCAUCUCGUUCGACCACCCGGACCCGAGCAUCUUCACGGUGCUGUCGGCGCCGUCCGACCACCCCGGCACCUCCAUCGCCGACUUUGUCAUCUUCCCGCCGCGGUGGUUGGUCGGCGAGGAUACCUUCCGCCCGCCAUGGUACCACCGCAACACCAUGAGCGAGUUCAUGGGUCUGAUCCAGGGCGGGUACGACGCCAAGAAGGGCGGCAAGGGCGGGUUUGUGCCCGGCGGCGCCAGCCUGCAUAAUGUCAUGAGCGGGCACGGGCCGGAUGCCGAGAGCUACGAGGGUGCUAGGAACGCCGAGCUGAAGCCGGCCAAGGUGGGUGAGGGCAGCUGCGCCUUCAUGUUUGAGAGCUGUCUGAUGGUGGGCGUGACGGACUGGGGCCUGAAGACGUGCCAGAAGGUGCAGGAGGCGUACUCGGAGCACAGCUGGGGCAGCGUCAAGGUGCACUGGAAGAAGACAAGUGUUUAG